AAAAGCAAGAAUGUUCUAACUUUUUUGAAUAUUAUUAAAGCUUAUUUGAUUUCUGAAUUUCUCAAGGCAUUAACAAACAAAGGAUCACUUCUCCUUUCUCUGUUUCUCUCUUUAAAAACCAUCCCAUUUUUAGUUUCUUUUUCAAGCGAAAGCUUCUUAAUCCUUCGUCUCUUCCGCCAUGAAAGCUCUUCGCCACAAGAAAGAUCACCCCACCAAAUCGCUUAAUUGCGCAGUUCCUUUCUGUUUCUUCUGCACGAUGAACGAAACAGACCCAUUUCUCAGAACCUUCAAAAUCACUGAAUGCUUCAAAGAAAUGCCAUUGAGAGAUGAUCCAGAGUCCGUUCUUGCACUGAGUGGACUAUGGAACAUUGCCAUGACCCGACCCGAUAACUCGGAAUUUCCAGAGCUUGGGAUUUUUGAGUGUAUGGCAAAGCUUAUUUGCAGAGGAAUUAGAGACAGGGAAUGGCUGUUUGAAGACCAGAAUGUUUAUAUUCCUUAUUAUGCUGCCCAUAUUAUUGGGUCCUACGUCAUGAACAGAGCUGAAUUUGCACAAAUUGCUGUUGAAUCUGGAGUGAUUCCGCCAUUAAUGGAGCUUUUGAGAGGAAAAAUCAGCUGGGUCGAGCAGAGAGUGGCAAUUCGAGCUCUUGGUCAUUUAGCAAGCCAUGAAAGGACGUUUGAAUCAGUUGCUAAGAUUGGAGGUGAGACCGUGGAAUUGGCAAUGGAAAUUGCUUCAACAUUUGUCGAAAAUGUCUACACUCAAUUCCUCUGUAUCAAACAGAGAUUGAAAUAUCAACGAACUUUGCUCACGAGAGGCCUUGGAGGGGUCGAAAUUGAGAACAGAAAAGCAGAGGAAUGGGCCAUUCAAACACAGUGUUGGUCUCUUUAUCUUAUCAAUUGUUUCGCUCGCAAAGAGAGGCAUCUAAAUUUAAUCUGUAAAACGAAUUUCUUGAAGAAUUUGUGUGGAAUUUGGGGUGGAUUGAUAAACCCAGAAGCCCCUGGGGGAAUUGGGCUUUUGAGGACUCUCUGUAAAACAGAGACUGGAAGAAAAGCUGUGGCCGACUUGGAAGAAGUCUUGAAUUAUCUCUGUGUUCUUGCAAGAUCCUCGCAUGAAUGGCAGAUUAUGGCAAUUGAAUGCCUUUUGAGUUUGAUUAAAGACCCAGAAACAAGAUACAGAGUUCUCGAAACCUCUGUUUUUUCUCUUGCUGAUUUGGUAGAACUUGAAAUUAGCAGAAAUCAAAGGAGGCCAAAAUUGGGAGACACUUUAACACGAACAUUGUUGCAAGAUUACCACAAAAUCAAAUACGGAAAUAAAAGGCUUCACAGUGAAAGAGCAGAGAGAGCAUUAGGGGAAAUUUGGGAUUUGAAAGUUGAGAAGAAGAGGAAAGAGAAAUUAGUGUCAGAGAAAGAGGUGAAAAAGAGGACACUCUUAGUGGGUAUUCUCAAAAGACAGGGGAAUCACAAAUUUAGGAGUGGAGAGAUUGAAAAUGCUGCAAUGAAAUACACAGAAGCUUUGAAUAUAAGCUUACCCAAAAUGAGAAAACAGAGAUUAGUACUUCAUAGCAACAGAGCUCAAUGUUUUCUACUGCUGAGGGACCCAGAAGCCGCCAUUAGUGACACGACUCGAGCUCUGUGCUUGUCGAAACAGGGGACUCCUCACAUGAGAAGCCUGUGGAGAAGAUCACAAGCUUACGAUAUGAUGGGAUUGGGUAAAGAAAGUUUAAUGGACUGUUUGGUUUUUGUUAGUUGCAGAAUUAAGUUGAAACACAAGAUUCCGUAUUAUGCGGCUCGGAUGAUCAACAAGCAGGUGAAUGCGACGUGGGUAUUUGGUUCUGUGAAAUUAAGAACAUUAAACAGAGAUGAAGAGCUUGCUCGAGAAUCGCCAAUGGGGGAAUGUGAAGACGGGAGGAUGUUGAUGAGGAAGAUGAAGGAGAAGAAGAAUGGCUACUGAACAUUGUGUUUAAUUAAUGUGGGGUUGUAAUAAUUCUUGGGAGGUGGCAGUGGUACAUAUUAAUUAAUGGAGGGAUUGAAGAGAGAAUGUGAUGGUCCGCUUUGAAAUUCAUGUA